AUGAGCCGAAAAAAGUUGACCAGUGUUGCCGCCGAGUCUAGGACGGAACGCAACGAAGAGUGGACUCUGAAUUUCAUAGAUAUUGUUACCAACUAUGAUGUCGAACAACUACAUUGGUUUGAUGAAUCAUCCGUUAUUAAAACUACUGGAAAUCGCGUGUACGGUCACGCUGAAAAGGGAAAAGCUGCUGUAGAAAUACAGAGACACGCUACCAACGCAAAUUACACUGUAAAUUUACUAGUUAGCUCACCCGGGAUCGACAACGUCGACAUUAUUGAUGGUCCAUCAAACGGCUUGGAAAUGGUUAAUUUCUUUGAAGAAGCCGUGAGGACCGUGGACGCUUUUGGAAAUCCGGUUUUAUCUCAAGGGGAUUGCGUCAUUUUAGACAACUGCGGAUUCCAUCAUGGCCGUCAAGUUGAGCCAGUUCUCCGAGAGUUGUUACGUGGACAGGGGGUUGAACUUUUGUUUCAACCACCCUAUAGUCCUCAAUUCAAUGUAUGUGAACUUUGUUUUCGUUAUUUAAAGAUAUAUCUGAAAGAUAACGAGGAGUACACAUACAAUUUCACUGAACUAGCCAUUGCAGAUGCUCUCACUCGGAUUGGACCGGGCGUAUGUCGGCGGUUUGCUUUCAACUGUGCCUAUAUCUAA